AUGGAGUCUCUGGAACAUGUUGCGAAGCGCGCGAGGCAGCGCAGGGGCGGAACCUUCAGCUACCAUGAGGCGGCCCAAUGUUUGAAACAAGGGCCAUGUACUUUGGACGAGUACGCCGGGUGGCAGUCCUCCACCCUGUCAGAGAUCUUGGGCACCGGUGAUCCUGGCGCAGCGCGUCGGGCCAGGAUUGGUUCCUUGCUUUCUGCGGGUUUAGUCUUUCACUCUGAUUGCACUGGACGUUGCACCGUGGAGACCAUGCUGCUCAUGCUGGGGAGAUCCUUACAGAAGUGCGGCGUGGAACUUCGAGAGGAUUGGCUCGCCCUCUGGAGGGGCUGCGACGUCCUGGCGGCGUCGCGGGAGGCCAUGAUGAGCGCGAGCCCCGGACCAAUUCACGUGUUCAAGUCCGUGUGGGACUACAUCCCGGCAGAGCACUUGGCGAAGUUGCGCAGUAAGAAGGUUGCAGAGGACGCUUCCAAUGCAGAUAAGGCUGCAGCGCAUGUAGACAUGCGCCGGUAUCUCAAGAAGCACGGUCGCGACAUCUUCAAGCCGACAGCUACCUGUGGUCAAUGUUUGAAACAUCCAGGGAAGAAUUGCAACAUCUCUUUCCAAAACCCAGAUGGCAUCCGUCCUUGCGAGCGCCCGCUGCGAGUGUGUAUCCAGGGAUUCCCGUGCUUGCCCUGGACGCAGCUUGGGAGUAAACUCGGCGACGCACAUGACAUCAUCCCAGUUGCCGACGUGUGCGUGCAGAUGCAGGCUGCUUCCAACUUCGAUCUUCUUGGUGUCGAAAACUCAGAACAUUACCCAGUGCAGCACUUCAUGGAUGAGUUGCCAGAGAAGUACGCGGUGAGGGCCAUAUCCUUCGGCCCUGAGGACGUUGGAUUUCCAGCGCGGCGGAGGAGGCGAUUGAUAGCUGCACUGAACCAGGAUACCCUCAUCUGGAUCGGCCCGGCAACGGCCCAUGAGACCGAAAUGGAGUUCCUUUCUCUGCUUGCCCGAUCUGUGCAACUCGAAGCCGAUGACUUCUUAAUCGACAGCCGCUCGGAGCGCAUGAAGAUUUUGAGGCAGUUCGCAAAAGCCAGAGGAAUGUACGGAGAUGACGACGCACUGGAGGCGUUGCCUCUGGACGCCUUGUUGCCUCCAGGCCAGGUGGCCAUCUUGCAACGCUACCGGGAGAUUUACAGAUCGGAGGCGCACAUGGUCGGCGCCCGCGGGAGUUUCGUCGCGGACAUUUCUCAGGACCCCGACGCGCGCAUUCGAUGUGGCGCGUGGUUUCCGGCCAUAGCCCGAGGGCCAAUCCUUGUAUCUAUUUCAGCAGGCGACAAAGUGUUCACAAACAGGGAGAUCGAUUUCGCAAUGGGUUUCCCUUCCUUCGAAUAUCCAUCGAACAAGCACCUCUUCGAGAUCUGUCCAGACGUCUCCAACUUGGAGCGCACGGCGUACACAAAACUCAUGGGCAAUGGUAUGCAUAUGGCUUCCAUGAUGCUUUUCUGGGCAUACAUAUUGGCGAAUUGCGUUCGGCGCGACUCCGUGGAAGCUUGGCGGCCCGAGCUACCAUGGAAGGCUGCGGAUAGUCGCCCGCCCGAAAAACGUGACGCAGACCCCAAUGCCAGUUGA